AUGAGCAACAUAAAACACUACAAAGAAGAAGACUUGGAGCCGAUCUCAAAUUUGACCUGGCAUCAAGUUGAAACAUUCCUCAAAGCUGCCUACGAUCCCCGAUUCUGUAGCUCCACAGCCGAAGCGGAUGACAACAUCGAGAAAGGCGUCACCGGGGACGCCCUCGCCGCAUACGAAUCAUUUCCACAUCUGAUUUGGGCUAUGGUGAAGAAAGGGGAUAUAAGUGUCACGGAUAGCUUCCCGCGCGCGAAUCCUCCCGUUCAGCCUGGGAGAGAUGUGCAUGGAAACCUUGACUAUGCCCUGGGAGAGUACGCUAAGGAUCGGUCUCCAAACGCAUGGAAAAUGGUGGAGGCAGUCUUCUCCAGGAAUGGGUUCACCGAUGCCGUGAAGGCGAAGGUCGCCAAGGCAGUUUAUGAUGCUCUGUUCAAGUUCAUCGAUAUUAUUGCCCCGAUGUUGCAGGAGUCGGCCCUGGUUAUCGUCAAAGCCGACCCAAGAAUGUCAUUCUAUGAUCCAGAGCUCUAUGGUGGAUUUGGCAAACGCGGCAAGGGAAGACUUGAGUCUUCAGCUUUCUCUCGGCAGGUGUGGACUGGUCAUUUCAAGGGAGAUGGGGAUCUCAAUACAAAGACAAAGAGAGCCAUUCAUGCGAUCAUUUUCAUGGCUUCGAAGGCCUGA